AUGUUGAUGGCAGGACAGGGGGGCGCCUGGACCAUGGGCGACGUGGUAGAGAAGAGUUUGGAAGGGCCGCUGGCACCUUCUACGGAUGAGGCCUCCCAGAAAAGAGGAGACCUGGUAGAAAUCUUAAAUGGGGAUAAGGUAAAAUUCGAUGACACGGGACUCUCCUUAAUUCUGCAGAAUGGCCUGGACACCCUCCGCGUGGAGAAUGCUCUGACAGAUGUCAUCUUGUGUGUGGACAUUCAGGAAUUCUCCUGCCACCGCGUGGUGCUUGCCGCGGCCAGCAACUAUUUCAGGGCCAUGUUCUGCAAUGAUUUAAAGGAAAAGUAUGAGAAGAGGAUCAUUAUCAAAGGGGUCGAUGCUGAGACCAUGCACACUCUUCUGGACUACACAUACACCAGCAAGGCGCUGAUCACCAAGCAGAAUGUGCAACGGGUCCUGGAAGCUGCUAACCUUUUCCAGUUCCUGCGGAUGGUGGAUGCCUGUGCUAGCUUCCUAACAGAAGCCUUGAAUCCAGAAAACUGUGUUGGAAUACUGAGGCUGGCAGAUACACACUCCUUGGACAGCCUGAAAAAGCAGGUGCAAAAUUACAUCAUCCAAAACUUUGUGCAGAUUCUGAACUCUGAGGAGUUCCUAGAACUUCCCGUGGACACUCUGUACCACAUCUUGAAGAGUGAUGAGCUGUAUGUAACAGAGGAGGCUCAGGUGUUUGAGACUGUGAUGAGUUGGGUCCGGCACAAACAGGCAGAACGACUCUGCUUGCUCCCCUACCUCCUUGAGAAUGUGCGCUUGCCACUGCUGGACCCGUGGUACUUUGUGGAGACGGUGGAGGCAGAUCCUCUCAUCAGACAGUGCCCGGAGGUCUUCCCGCUGCUUCAGGAAGCCAGGAUGUACCACCUUUCAGGCAAUGAGAUCAUUUCCGAGCGCACCAAGCCCAGGAUGCAUGAGUUUCAGUCUGAGGUAUUCAUGAUCAUUGGUGGCUGCACAAAGGAUGAACGGUUUGUGGCGGAGGUAACCUGCCUGGACCCCCUGAGGCGCAGCCGCCUGGAGGUGGCCAAGCUCCCCAUGACGGAGCAUGAGCUGGAGAGUGAGAACAAGAAGUGGGUGGAGUUUGCAUGCGUGACAUUAAAAAAUGAGGUCUACAUCUCAGGUGGCAAAGAGACACAGCAUGAUGUUUGGAAAUAUAAUUCUUCAAUCAACAAAUGGAUUCAAAUUGAGUAUUUGAACAUAGGCCGCUGGAGGCAUAAAAUGGUGGUAUUAGGUGGCAAGGUCUAUGUGAUUGGAGGUUUUGAUGGCUUACAGAGGAUCAACAAUGUGGAGACCUAUGAUCCCUUCCAUAACUGCUGGUCAGAGGCAGCACCCCUUCUUGUCCACGUCAGUUCCUUCGCAGCUACCAGCCAUAAGAAGAAACUCUAUGUGAUUGGGGGCGGGCCCAAUGGGAAACUGGCCACAGACAAGACUCAGUGUUAUGACCCUUCAACCAAUAAAUGGAAUUUAAAGUCGUCCAUGCCGGUGGAGGCUAAAUGCAUCAAUGCUGUCAGUUUCCGGGACCGCAUCUAUGUUGUUGGAGGGGCUAUGAGAGCGCUGUACGCCUACAGCCCUCUGGAAGACAGCUGGUGCCUGGUGACCCAGCUCAGCCACGAGAGGGCCAGCUGCGGCAUCGCGCCCUGCAACAACCGGCUCUACAUCACUGGGGGGCGGGACGAGAAGAACGAGGUCAUCGCCACGGUGCUGUGCUGGGACCCCGAGGCCCAGAAACUGACGGAGGAGUGUGUCCUGCCCCGGGGGGUGUCGCACCACGGCAGUGUCACCAUCAGGAAAUCUUACACCCACAUCCGGAGGAUCGUGCCCGGAGCCGUGUCGGUGUGA